AUGACUACUCACAACAAGUUCAAGAUCACCGUCCCCGCCACCUCUGCCAACAUCGGCCCUGGCUUCGACGUCCUCGGUAUGGCCUUCUCGCUCUACCUCACUCUCGACUGUGAGCGUCUCCCUGUAGGAUCUGGUCUCCAGAUGACCUACGAGGGCGAGGGCGCCAAGGAUGUGCCUCUGGUCGCCGAAAAGAACCUGAUCACAAAGACCGCCCUCUAUGUCCUCUCGACCUACGGUAUUACCUCCCUGCCCCCACUUAAGAUCCAUGUCACCAACCCCAUCCCCCUCGGCCGUGGUUUGGGUUCCUCGGGAUCUGCUGUUGUUGCAGGAGUUGUGUUGGCCAACGCUGCGGGCAACUUGCAGAUGACCUACGACCGCAUGCUGGACUACUGUCUGAUGGUUGAGCGUCACCCGGACAACGUCGCCCCUGCUCUCUUUGGUGGAUUUGUUGCCAGCUUCUUGAGAGAGCUGGAGCCCGAGGAGUUGGAUCCUCCCAGCAUCCCCCGGUCAGAGCCUACCAGGAACGGAGCCCCACAACCCCCUACACCCAUCACUGACAUUGGACACUACAUUCAGUUGGGAUGGACCAAGGAGAUCAAGGCUAUUGCUGUUAUCCCUGACUUUGAGGUCGCCACCGAGGAUGCCAGAGCUGUCCUUCCUGACAUGUACCAGCGUGCUGAUGUUAUCUACAACUUGCAGCGUAUUGCCGUCUUGACCACAGCUCUGUCGCGCACACCUGUCAAUGCCGAUCUGAUCCACAAGGCCAUGAGCGACAAGGUCCACCAGCCUUACAGGAAGCACCUCAUCCCUGGAAUGGCAGAGAUGUUGGAAAAGAUCACACCAAAGACAUACCCCGGUGUUGUCGGUAUUUGCCUCAGCGGUGCUGGCCCCACCAUUCUCGUAUUAGCCACCGAAAACUUUGACCAGAUCGCAGCAGCCGUCCAGGAUAUCUUUACGAGCUGCCCCAACGGCGGUAUCAAGAGCAUGUACAAGGUCCUGGAUGUCGUAGACGAGGGAGCCAAGACUGAGUACUUUGACUAA